AAGUGUGUGACGGCCUGACGGCACGUGCGAAUUAUGAGUCAUCACAAUCUUGUUGACAUCUUCUUGACAGCUACCAACAGUCGCCGGUUGAAGCUGUUUAAGAUCAUCAUUGUGACCUCCUGCUGAAUCUCCUACUCAAGACUCAAGAUGACAGACAAGGCCCCAGAUAGAGUUACUCUCCGUGAUGUCCUUCACACCAGGGACAACGGCCCUUAUGCCAAGUUACCCCCUUUGCACAUCAAAGUGCUUGUAAAAAACGAGCAGUCAAGGGUGAUUGGGUGGGCUUUUAAUCAUGAUGGGGUUAAGGCAGAAACAAUCAAACAAAACUCAGUGAUCGUCAUCACUGAUGGCCAAACAAUUUCAAAAGUUACCCUUUACGAGGAAUUUGCGGGAAGGGUAUCAGAGGGCGGGUCUUACAUGAUGAGAGGGUAUACUGUGCAGGGAAACACUGGCAGCAAAUUUAUAAAUGUCGCAAAAGGCACAGCCUUUUUUGCAAGCUAUCGAUUGGAGGUCCCACCUCACCUCCAGCAGGCAGCAGAGGCACUUCUGAAUCCACCCUCAACUGAAGUCAGCACAGAGACCAACCUGGGCAGUGUCCCAGGAUUUCUAACUCUGAGCGGGAAAGUGGUUGAGCUGACAUCUGUCAAGAAGGUGGGAGCGGGCAGAUUCCCUAUUCCAAUGAUGUCAUUAACCAUUGAAAAGGACGGCCGUCACUUCCCGGUGACCCUUUGGAGGGAGGCUGCGACAUCUGACCUUGUGGGCAUUGGGUCAUCGGUGCAAGUCACACACCUUAAAGUAAAACAGGGUGGGACUGAGACCCUCCAGUCCACCAACUACACAGAGAUCAAAACACUGGACGACAUCACCGAGCUGGAGGACCACAUCAUUGGGUGUUCGGAUCAGCAGCAUGAGGAAGAGCUUUUGAUUUUGUUUGAAAACGGUAAAGAAUUUUUGAUUGGGAAAGAAAAAUGGGAACCAUAUCAGGAAAAAUUAUUAGAGAGGGCGGUACAUGUAAAAAUCACAGCGAGGGGGAGAAAAAUCAUGGAGAUUCAUAGCAUAGAGGAGUAGUUUUAAAAUAGUUGUAAAUAGUAUGUAUGUUUUGUAUGUUUUGUCUGUUUGUGAAGUUCGGUUCCAAUAUUUAAAAUUGUACAGAAAUAUUAAUUAAAGAAUCAAUGUACAUAUCCAUACCUAUAAUUUUGUUGAUGCCAAUGUUUGUUUAAUAAACUUUGUUAAAGAUUGA